AUGGUUUCUGGUUCAGCUUCUUCUAAUUUACAAGUAUCAAGACAAAUGGUUUCCUUAAACAUGCAUGCUACAGUCAACCCUGUUCCUAGCGUUUCUGUGACAGGGAAGCCUCUAGCUGUGGCUUCAACCAGCUCUUUAUCCUUUGACUCUGUUCAUCUAACAGAAUAUACCAGGCCUAUGAGAAGGCUUUAUGUAGAAAAUGUUCCAGCUUCAGCCUCUGAAAAAGCUAUGAUGGAAUCCUUCAAUAAUUUUUUGCUUUCAUCUGGUAUUAAUCAUAUCAGUAGGACCAAACCAUGUAUUAGCUGCAUUAUACACAAAGGAAAGGGUCGAGCUCUAGUUGAAUUCCUUACACUGGAGGAUGCUUCUGCAGCUCUAUCUUUUGAUGGCAGUUUUCAGACAGUUGCUAUUUUCAUGCAGACUGGUGAAAUGGAGAAAUUAGGAGCAACAAUGACCACAAUCAAUGAUAUUGUCGAGGAUUCACAUCACAAGCAAGCAAACGGUAUCAUCACAAAUGGAGAAAACAAAAUGGAUGAUUAUACGAGGGAAACUGGAAACGUACAGAACGUAGUAGAUGAUGAAAUAAGUGUUGAAACCAAGACUACAGAAGAAGUUGCCGGCGGAAACUCUGGAGGAACUGCCGGUAUAACCUGUUAG